AGUCUGUGUUUUCCUAUUGUGCACGACGCUUACCAUACGAGGAAUGUUUUCUUGAAUUCACGUAAAAAAGUAAUGAGGAUAAGGCUAUAAUUUGUUUUUAAUUGAAGAUUUAAUUGUGUAUUGCCUUCUAAAAAAAUUUGUGUCGAAUUAUUUUCAUGCUAAUCAAUGAUGAACUAUAAAUAGUCAUUCCGACUAUCAAAGUGUAUCAAUAAUUGUACCGUUCUAUAAAAAAUAGUGAGGAAUUUGUUAAAAUUUAAAAUGGAAUCGACACAGCGCAAACUGCCACCAAAUCCUCAUGAGAAUGCAAAUUUUUUAUCAAAACUAUUCAUGACAUGGACUUUGGCUUUUUUCAAGAAAAGCUAUGAAAAAAUACUCAGUUUUGAUAAUGUAUUUCAACCGUUGAUCUGUGAUAAAUCGGAAAUACUGGGCAAUCGUUUGGAAGAAAAUUGGAAUAAACAAACAUCGACGACGGAGCAGCGUUCAUUGUUAUCAGUGAUUUUUACCACGUUUUGGAAGGAUUAUGCAAUUUUGAGUGUAUUGUGUUUUAUCAACGAUAUUUUACUUCGUUUGGGCCAACCAUUUAUGCUUGGAUAUUUCUUGCGGUAUUUUCGCAACGACACAAACGUAACGUAUGACGAAGCAUUGCUUUAUGCGAUUGGGAUUAUGAUACUGAACUUUUUGAAUGCGCUAUGCUCUAAUCAUAUUUUAUUGCUUUCGUAUCACAAUGGGAUGAAAGUGCGAGUAGCUGUUUGCAGUCUUAUUUACAGAAAGUCUCUGCGGCUAUCGCAAACGGCUCUUGGGGAAACUUCACCCGGCAAAGUGGUGAAUUUAUUGUCAAAUGAUGUGAAUCGAUUCGAUUGGGCAUCAUUUUUCUUCAAUUCUCUAUGGAUUUCACCUUUACUCACAUUCAUUGUCGGCUGUCUAUUGUGGAAAGAGGCUCGAUACGCUGGACUGGUGGGCAUUUCCGUCGUCUUCAUGAUUGUACCGAUUUUGAGUUACGCUGGUAAACUAACAUCAGAAUACCGUCUCCAAACUGCAUUGAGAACCGAUGAACGAGUACGUUUCAUGGACGAAAUAAUAAGCGGUGUGCAAGUGAUCAAAAUAUAUGCAUGGGAAAAACCGUUUGCAAAACUCAUCACUUUCGCUCGACAAAUGGAAAUGAAAAUUAUACGCAAAACAUCGUAUAUCCGAGCGUUUCACAUGACCUUUAUGUUGUUCACUACACGUAUGGCCCUGUUCAGUUCGAUGCUGACCAUUGCAUUAGUCUAUGGUCCCAAAGAAAUCACGGCCGCCAAAGUGUAUGUCAUUUCUUCUUAUUUUGGAAUUGUUGCACACAUGAUGUCGCAACGAUUCUCCCGUAGUGUUGCCGAAUGCGCAGAGGUGCUGGUUGCGUUGAGGCGUUUAGAAAAAUUCUUAAGCUUGGACGAGAAGAAAACUUUCAUUGAGAAUGGUGAUGAAUAUGAAAAUGGAUACGGCAACGGAAUAAACGGAAUCGUAAAUGGUUCAUUUCCACACGAAAGCCAGGAUCCGAUAGAAUCGAGUGUGGUUAAAAACUCAAAUGUUGCGCUCUCAAUGAAAAAUAUGUCAGCUCGCUGGGUGAUGCCAAGUAAUGAGAUUUAUUCACCGAAGAAAAACUCCGUUUACAGUGGGAAAAAUUUGCAUUCGAAUGAAAUCAUUGAAAAAGGGAACAAGAACGUUCACGACACUGUGCCUGAUUUACACGUAACAAUAAAGCUAUCACCUACUUUGGAAAAUUUGAAUAUUGAUUUCCCGAAAGGCAAAUUGACUGGUGUGAUCGGUCCGGUUGGUGCGGGAAAGUCUUCGCUCUUACAAGCGAUUUUACGAGAAUUGCCUUUGGAAUCAGGCACCAUCAACAUAAACGGAUCGAUUUCUUACGCAUGUCAAGAGCCAUGGGUGUUUGCAGCAUCAGUGAGACAGAAUAUUUUGUUCGGCGAGGAAUAUAAUCGCGAACGAUAUAAUACGGUAGUUCGCACGUGUGCGCUGGAAAAAGAUUUUGAGCAAUUCGAAAACGGAGAUCGAACAAUCGUUGGUGAACGUGGAGCGAGUCUUAGUGGUGGUCAAAAAGCGCGUAUAAACCUGGCACGCGCCUGUUACCGAAAUGCCGACAUUUAUUUGUUGGACGAUCCGUUGAGUGCAGUCGAUGCUCACGUUGGAACUCACAUAUUCAAUAAGUGUAUAGGACCGGCAAGCAGUCUAUCGAGACAGAGAUCAACUCGAAUUUUGGUGACACAUCAAGUGCAUUUUCUAAAGGCAGCUAAUUGGCUCAUCGUUUUGAAGAAUGGAAGAAUCGAAGCGCAAGGAACACCUGCAGAGCUAGCACGAAGUGGUGUCGAUUUUGUCGAGCUAGUGGGAACGGUUGAAACGCCAGAAGUAAGAGAUAAUAGCGAAAUGUUCAAGCGACAAAAAUCUCAAACACUUUCCAUACGAUCUACAUCGAUGGAAUCACUCAACAGUUUUAUAGAGUACAAAGAAAAUGAACAAGACAAAAAUGACGAAGGUGCACAUGCUGAACAAAGUUCAAAGGGAAAAGUGAAAGGAUCAGUUUUUAUCAAUUAUUUUACUGCGGGUGCUAAUUGGUUCAUUCUGCUGUUUUUAUGCACAUCCUUUUUGUUCGUUCAGCUUUUGGGGAGUGCUGCCGAUUAUUUUGUAUCUAUUUGGACAAAACAAGAAGAAGCUCGCACAUUUCGAACAGCAAAUCAAAAUAAUGACACUGAAUCAACACCAUCCUAUGAUUAUCCUUCGUUCACAUUGACCACCGAAUUAUGUAUUUAUAUACAUGCAACGUUGGUGGUGUCUGUUUUCAUAAUUGGCAUUUCUAGAUCAAUUGGUUUUUAUACGAUGUGCCUGCGUUGCUCUCAAAAUAUUCACAAUGCAAUGUUCAAGGGAAUAAUUUCAACGUCUAUGCGUUUCUUCGAUACAAAUCCAUCGGGUCGCAUUCUCAACAGAUUUUCAAGAGAUAUUGGAUCUGUUGAUGAAUUUCUGCCAAAAGCAAUGCUUGACACCAUUCAAAGUAUUCUCUCCAUGGUUGGUUCUAUUACAUUGGCGGCCUCUGUAAAUGCGUAUUUUUUGAUUCCAGUGUUUAUCUUGAGUAUAAUCUUCUAUUUGAUUAAGAAAAUCUACCUAAAAACGUCUAAGAAUGUGAAACGACUGGAAGGAAUUGCAAAAUCGCCGGCAUUCACGCAUUUGUCGGCAACUUUAAGUGGAUUGUCAACAGUUCGUGCAUAUAAAGUUGAAAAAAUAUUGGCAAAAGAAUUCGACAAUCAUCAAGACAUGCAUUCAGCCUGUUGGUACAUGGCAAUAUCAACAAGUGCAGUGUUUGGGUUUAGUUUGGAUAUUUUAUGCCUGAUAUUCACCGCUUCAAUCAUUUUUUACUACAUGCUCAUCGAUACGUCAGUUUCGGGUGAAAAAAUCGGAUUAGCAGUAACGCAAGCAAUCGGUUUAACCGGAAUGGUUCAAUGGGGCGUUCGUCAAAGUGCUGAAGUGAGCAAUCAAAUGAUGUCAGUCGAGCGAUUGCUCGAAUAUCGAGAUCUGGAACCGGAGAAACAACCAAAAAAAGCGGCUCUCAUCGCAAAGUCUUGGCCAUCGAAAGGAAGCAUUGAAUUCCGAAAUGUAUUUUACAGAUAUUCGGCUGAAGCCGAACCAGUUUUACGAGGAUUGUCAUUCGUCAUAAAUCCGAUGGAGAAAAUUGGUAUCGUUGGUAGAACGGGUGCGGGCAAAAGUUCAUUGAUAGGUUCUUUAUUUCGUUUGGCGUGCAUCGAAGGACAAAUUCAGAUUGAUGGAGUUGACACAGCCAACAUUCAAUUGAGUGACUUAAGAAAGCAAAUUGCCAUCAUUCCGCAGGAUCCAGUUCUAUUUUCGGGUACAUUGAGAAGGAAUCUGGAUCCAUUUGAGGAAUAUUCUGAUGAUGAUAUCUGGAGCGCAUUGGAAAGUGUUGAGCUGAAAAGUUCUGUUUCAGAAAAUUUGGGCUUACAAUCGACCGUUCUACCGCAUGGUGCCAAUUAUUCAGUGGGUCAACGUCAACUCUUGUGUUUGGCGCGAGCGAUUUUGAGAAAGAAUCGAAUUCUCGUUUUGGAUGAGGCAACGGCCAAUGUCGAUCCACAAACGGAUCUGUUAAUUCAACGAACGAUACGAGAGAAAUUCACGGAAUGCACAGUUCUAACUGUCGCUCAUCGAAUACACACAAUCAUUGACUCGGAUCGUGUUUUGAUAAUGGCUUCCGGAAAAGCCGUUGAAUUUGAUGAGCCGCACAAUUUGUUACAAAAUCAAAACGGCAUUUUUUAUGGAAUGGUUAAAGCGCUGGGACCCAAAGAAUUUGAUCGUCUCUCACAAGCUGCAUUGGAAAAAUUUAACGUGGAACAUUGUGACAACAUCCAUUCAACAUCAUUAUGAAAUAGCAAAUAAUUCCACAUAAAAAGAUUGUGUCGUGAUAAAAUAUGUUCAUAAACGGGCGAUUUAAACGUCCAGUAUACGUUUAUGAAUUCUUAGUACUUAUCAAAUUCCGAUUGAUUUAGUAAGAUUAGUGAACGCAUUAAAACUGAUAGACUGUGAUUUAUUUUGUGUUUCAAUGUCAACUAACCGCUUGAAGUGUAAAUAAUGAUUUAGUGUUAUAUAACAGUUAGAUUAUAAAAAAAAAUACUUGAAUAAGUAAAGAUAAAUGUGGAAAAGAAUAUUUUCCUUCAUGUGCAAAUAGUGCCAAUUUAGAAAAAACUAUCAGUGUUUAUAAACAAUAAUAAUAAAAAAAUGUAGUUGGCUUUUGUCAAAUCACUUGACUCAAGUGAUGAUUUUAUUUCGAAAUUCGCUCCAGUUUUAGUUGUGGUAUCUUCCACAAGUCUACGCUGUGAAUGUUCAUGAACUGAGUGUUUUUGACAUUUAUUCUGAAAAGAAGUUUUGGCAUUGCGGAAGAAACAUGUGAUUAAUAAAAAUGUAAACAAAAACGCAGCUGAAUUUAACACAUUGUACUUAUUCUGACAAUAAUUUACUAUACUCCAUUGAAAUUCGGUUCAAGCUAUCAAUAAUUACUAAUAUAAUAAUAGAAAAUUUUAAAAUUGAGUGAAAAAUAAAAUAAACGGACGUUUUGAACUAAAAACAGA